AUGCUGAUUGAGAGGCAUAGUUCAGAGGUAUACACCGUUUCUGCUUUUUAUGAUUUUCAAGAUGAAGUUCAUAGUGCUUUUUAUUCUUGUGGUGUGGAUAAAUUGAGGAAGGAAAAUGGAAUGGAUAUAGCAGUAAUUAUUGAGGCUAAUAGGAGAAGAAAAAUUAAUGUUAUAUUUGAGUCUGUUAAUUAUGAAACUACAUGCUCAUGUAAAAAGUUCUAUAGGAUAGGAAUCCCAUGUAGACAUAUGAUAUGGAUGUGGAAAGCAAAGAAUUUAAAAAGCAUUCCAAAGCAAUAUAUAUUAGAUCGGUGGACAAUAACUACUACUCAGAAACCAAUGUUAGAGAAAAGUUGUACAGAUAUGGAUGGUGAUAGGAGGGUGGUAUUGAAUCAAAUGUGGUCUGAGAUACUUUCUUGUGUGAGUUGGGUAAAAGGUCAUGAGCAAGAUUGUAUUAAGAAUAUUCGAGAGUUUAAAAAUAAAAUUCAAGGCAUAAAGAGUGUUACUGCAGUUGAAAGUGAGAAUGCAAGACCAAAUGAACAUGACAUUGAAAUGUUAAUUGGAUGUAGUAUGCCUGAUGAAAUACUGGUUCAGCCUCCUAAAGUGUCGAAGAAUAAAGGCAUAGGUGUUCAUGAUGGCAGUGGAAUCAGUGGGUCUAAACGAUUAAAGGGCGCUAAGGAGAAAGCAGUUGAACAAUGUAAUAAGAAGAAGAAUAGGAAAUGUAGUGGUUGUGGGGAUAUUGCAUAUCAUGAUAUUCGGAAUUGUCCUUAUAAAACUGUUCAAAAUUGCGCGUGCGAAAUACUAGUUUGUUCUAUUGUUCCGUGUUAG